AUGAGUGCUCAGAAGCAAGAUGAAGGGAGCCAGGCGCAAGUGACGAUCUCAGACAAGUACCUUGUGGAGAAAGAGAUCGGGAAGGGCUCGUUUGCCACGGUCUACAAGGGAUGUGUAGUGUCAGGACAGAGAGAGCCAGGCGAGUUUGUGGCGAUUAAGGCAGUCUCACGCUCGAAACUAAAGAACAAGAAACUACUAGAGAACUUGGAGAUCGAGAUUGCGAUCUUGAAGAAGAUCAAACACCCCCAUAUUGUGGGGUUGAUGGACUGUGAGCGCACGGCGUCUGAUUUCUUUCUCAUCAUGGAGUAUUGUGCUUUGGGAGACCUCACUUUUCUGAUAAAGAAACGUAAGGGGCUUGUUGAGAAACAUCCACUCGUGCGCACUAUGUUUGAGAAGUAUCCUCCACCCAGUGAGUCACACAACGGACUGAACCGAACUGUAGUGGUUAACUACCUGCAGCAGCUGGCUUCUGCACUGAAAUUUCUGAGAUCAAAAAACUUAGUCCACAGGGACAUCAAACCCCAGAACCUGUUACUUUCUACACCCCUUAUUGAUUACCAUGACCGCGACACUUUCCAUAAAAUGGGCUUCGUCGGUAUCUACAACCUACCCAUCCUUAAAAUAGCGGACUUUGGAUUUGCAAGAUUUUUACCAAAUACUUCGCUAGCAGAGACACUUUGUGGUUCGCCACUUUACAUGGCUCCAGAAAUCCUUAAUUAUCAAAAAUACAAUGCAAAGGCGGAUUUGUGGUCUGUCGGAACAGUACUUUAUGAAAUGUGCUGUGGAAGGCCACCUUUCAAGGCCUCAAAUCAUUUGGAAUUAUUCAAAAAAAUAAAAAAAGCAAACGAUGUGAUAAGUUUUCCUGCACAUUGCAAUUUAGAGCCUGAGAUGUGUGAUUUAAUAUGUGGCCUGCUAACUUUCAAUCCUGCUCAGAGGAUGGGCUUUACCGAAUUUUUCAACCAUGAAAUUGUAAAUGAGGAUUUGUCGCGCUUCGAAGAAGAGAACAUCCCUGAUCUAGAAGAUAAGUCUAAGGAUGUCGCUGAGAGCAAUAUGUUCAUAUCCGAAUAUUUAACAAGACCGUCUAAAAAGUUGCCUAUCUCGCCAAUGACUGAAGCUACUUCAAAGAAACAACCUUCCAAAGUUGUUCAAGCACUUACGUCGACUGAUGCCCCCGUUCACACACCUUUAUCGAGUAAAGUUCAACACAAGCCUUUGGAUAAAAAGCAAGGCAACAAUUCGGCAGAGUUGUCAAUUGAAAAGGAAUAUGUGAUGGUUGAAAAGAAAAGUGUCGAAGUCAAUGCUUUGGCAGAUGAGUUUGCAAACUACGGAACAACAGUUCAAGGCAGGCGGUCUCCAAGCUUCAAUCAACAACAGCAUCAGUUACAACAGCAACCCCAGUUGGCAGCGCUUCGCCGUAAUUCGAGAAAUUCUUCUUCAAGCGGUGGAUCAGCAACACGCCGCCCGUCUUUAGUGGAACGCCGUCUAUCAAUUUCAUCCUUGAGCCCAUCAAAUGCAUUAACGAAGGCUUUAGGUAUUGCAUCUACGAGAUUAUUUGGCCAUCAACAACCAGCCUCAACAUCUUCAUCACCAAGUAAUGUCACUUAUCCCUUGCUUACUCAGCAAGUUUUUCAUGAAUUAACUGAGAAUAUUGUGCUAGGAGCUAGCCAUUCAAUAGAUUAUACCAAGUUUAACGAAAACUCGUCUGAUACUGUUAUCAUUUCUUUACUUGAAUCACUUUCUGCCAAAGCCUUCGUCAUUUACUCAUUCGCUGAAGUCAAGUUCUCGCAAGUCGUGCCAUUACCACCUUCAUCUACUGAUGAUACACAGGGUAAAAGAUUGAGUGAAGGUAGUUGCGCCAUUGAAGAAGAAGAAGAAGAGGAGGAGGGGGAUCAAUUGUAUGAGGGACCACUGGCAGAUCACAUCUCCGCUUCUUUGAGAAGAAGAGGUUUAAGCAGUCACUCCCAAAAUACCUCUAUAAUGCAUGAAUUGCCACUUUCAGACAUGAGAAGAUUGUGUACCGAGGCCAUCGUUUUAUAUAUGAAGGCUCUUUCUAUUUUGGCAAAGGCUAUGCAAAUAACAUCAAGUUGGUGGUAUCAGUCGCAAGAAAAGAAUUGUUCUUUGAAGUUAAACGUUUUGGUGCAAUGGUUAAGGGACAAGUUCAAUGAAUGCCUAGAGAAAGCAGAAUUCUUGAGACUCAAGCUCAACAACAAGAACUUCAAGUAUUCUGACGAAAGCACAAUUAAGGCUUCAUCGGAUGAAGAUCGUGACCGCGUGGUAGAAGAGCAGAAUGAGGUUAACACUUCGGAAGAGGAAGAGCCAAUAUUUGUAGAAAAGUUGAUCUACGACAGAGCGUUGGAAAUUUCAAAAACCGCAGCAAAGCUCGAAAUGCAAGGAGAGUAUUUAAAUAAUUGCGAGCUAGCUUAUGCUACCUCUCUAUGGAUGUUAGAGACCGUUUUGGAUAACGGUGAUGAAGAGGAUACUUACGAAGAUCCAUGCUUUGGCGUAACAGGCGUUCUAGAUGAAUCAGACAAGCAAAUGAUCAAAAAAUACAUCGAUAGCAUUGCAAAUCGGCUGAAAAUAUUGAGAGGAAAGAUUAGUCAUUCAUGA